AUGACGGACGGCACAAAUGGAAUCGACCAAACUGCACUUCAAUUAAUCAAGCUGAGUGAGCUGAUCCAAAGCACAGUUUCCGAUUAUGUGGCAGCAAAGAGUUCGAAAGUCGAAAAUGUUGAAGGGUCAUUGCCGUCACACGCGCUCUUUGAGGCCCAGAGGACAUUAUUGUCCGCAGCUGGUAUGAUAACUGAGCUUGUAAGCGAUCCGAGCGGACGUAUCCUAGAGGUUUCACUGCAACAUUACGAAAGUCGUUCGCUGCACAUAGUCGCAUCUUUACGGAUACCUGAUAUUCUAGCUGAGAAUGGCGACACCGGUUGUGAUAUCAGUAGUCUUGCGGCCCGUGUGGGUAUCGAGCCGAGGAAAUUAUCACGCAUAAUGCGGUGCCUUUGUUCUAUUCACGUUUUCCGCGAGGUGGCCGAGGAUCUUUUCACCAACGGCCCCGUUUCGGCGGCACUUGUGAAAAAUGAACCUUUACGUGCCUAUGCCUUAUUAUGUGGCCAAUACGGCUAUACUGCUUCGGACUACCUGCCCCGCCUUCUCACCGACCCUGUCAAAGGUCCUUCCUAUUCCGUCGAUCUAGCAGCGUUCCAGGAUGCUGUAGGGACCAAGGCCUCGAUGUGGAACUGGAUGGAGGAGACCACAACUGUUCAAGAUAUUCUCAAGGGUCGUAAUGGCCCCAACGGUGCAGAAAGUGCUUAUCCGGGCAUUUUCGGGGACGAAUUACACCAGUAUACAAAGGAAACAGACGAAGGUCAAGAUGAUCAAAGACGCGUGCCUCGGCCGGAACAUGCCAUAUUCAGCCUUGCCAUGAUAGGUGGCGGAAGGGUCUCUGGGAUGGCGCAUUUAUACGACUUUCCGUGGUCUUCUCUUGGAAAGGCUACCGUCGUAGAUGUCGGCGGGGGCAUGGGUGGUUUCUGCCUUGGCCUUUCCCAUCUCUACCCUAACUUGAAUUUCAUAAUUCAAGACAGAAGUCAGGUUAUUCGUAAGGGAGAGACCGAAUUAUGGCCGAAAGAGAGCCCGUCCGCACUUCAACAAGGCCGGGUCAAGUUUGUUGAACAUGACUUCUUCGCAGAGAAUCCGGUUAAAGGAGCUGAUAUAUACUGGUUGCGAUAUAUCCUUCACGACUGGGCUGAUGACUACUGCGUUAAAAUCUUGAAGGGAAUCAAAGCAGGCAUGGGUCCUCGAAGUAAACUUCUUAUAUGCGAGCAAGUAAUGAACACCACAUACGGAGAUCCACAGCUGCCCUCGGCGCCGUCUCUUCUGCCAGCGAACUAUGGGUAUUUUACAAGGUACUCUCACACACGAGACUUAGAGCUCAUGGCAUUUAUGAAUGGAAUUGAGCGAGUCAAGUCGGGCUUAUUGAGGUGGUCUUACCUGGGCAAGGGAUGA